AUGAACAAUAAUUGUCCCAUGAAUUAUUUGAAUGAAAUUGAACUAUUUACAACAACUGGAAUAACACAUCUAUCUGUUCUAGUUUAUCAUCUCAUGAUACCUAAAAGCAUGGCACUUGAGUUUCUGUUCACUGCGAUUCCUCAGUACGUGGCAAUUGUGUUUAUAGGCCACAUAGACAUACUGUACCUAGUAUUUUGUGUGCCACUUGUUAUUUGGUUCAUACUGAGCUUACUGUACAGGAGAAAACAAACUAGCAAAAUUCCGGGAGCGCCAAAUGUAUCUUCAGCUGGUUCAAAGUUGUUUGAUAUCUCAGAUGAGGAGUAUAUGUCUACAGCUAUUGAUAGAAGUAGGCUUGUUAUUAUUCUAUGUGUUGCAGUUGCAAUAUUUGCAGCAGACUUUUCAUUCUACAAUGAUCCUCGGAUUGGAAAAAGUAUGGAUCAUGGAUUGAAACUCAUGGAUAUUGGCGUAGGCUCAUUUGUAUACAACGCUGGCUUCUUUUCUACAAUAUCUGAUUCGAAAAAGAAAACCAAAAACAUAAUCAUAUCAUUCGCUUUUGGAGCAUUAAGGCAUGCAUCAAAAGUUAUGCUCAAACUCGGAGUUGAUGAUGCAGAAUUUGGUGUUCAUUUGAAUUUCUUUUUUCUUCUAUGCAUCCUGAACAUAUUAUCGCUUUUUAUAAACACUAAAAACAACACCAUCGUUGGAUUUGCGAUGUGUGCUCUUCAUGAGACAUUUCUGAAGCUUUUUGGGCUCGAGGAGAUGAUCUAUAACAACACCAGGUCAAAUAUUUUUACUGCAAAUCUUGAAGGAAUCAUAUUCAUUUUGCCUCAGAUGGGAAUUUUCCUGAUGGCAAGCGACAUAUCAAAAUUUAUGUUUGAAGAUAGUAAUAUAAAGCCUAUGCUAGCACAUAAUCUACUAUUCAUCAUAGCUCUCGCAAUAUCACGCAUAUACUCGGUUUCGUGCCGUAGAAUACACAAUAUUUGUUUUUGCAUGACAAUUAUGAUCUUGCACACAACUCACAAGAUGAUAUUUGCAAUGCUAGGAAAGUGGUUCAAAAUAAGAAAUCUUCGUUUUCAUCGCUUCACAAGUAGGCAUCUUCUAUUUAUUUUGAUCUGGGCUAACAUACUCACUGGAGUGAACAAGCUCUUUGGCUUUGAGAAAACUCCUGAAAUAAUAGGACAUGCAAUAUGUAUAAUAUAUCUUGUUUUUGUGUUUUAUGUCCCAAGUAUACUACUAAGUAAGUUCAAAAAACACAAAAAAACCUAUCUUCGUAAUAAUCCAUAA